AUUCAGUUGUCAACCAACCGACUGUUGUGACAACUUCGGGUGUGUCCAUCCGUAAAUCGAAAACUUUUCAGGCAGCUUUUAUGAAUUAAUUAUGGUAAUUUAGUUAAUUAAAUACUUCCACAAUGAAAGAACUUUGUAUAUUCGUAUUGUUAUCAGCAGCUUUAGCUUCAGUAUCAGGGAGCGGAGGCAUCAAUGAAGUAUUCGUGCCGCCUAAAGUGGAAGGGCAGGACGUAGUGACGUGGUGUACUACUUCUGUAGCAGCGCAGGAGAAAUGUGAGAAGCUGACGAAGAUCGCCCAGUUGGACAAAGGCUUACUCGGGACGGACUAUAUCGAAAUACAGUGUAAACGGGCUUUUGACACAGAACAAUGCAUGGCGUGGGUGGACCAAGGAGAAGCUUCGCUACUGGCCCUGGAUGCAGGGGAAGUGUAUGUGGCUGGCCGCUACCACUCUCUCGUGCCUAUCAUGCAAGAAUUGUAUGGCCGGGGAGAACCAUACCAAUAUGCAGUGGCCGUAGUCAACAAAGGAGGCUUGCCCAACGUCCAAGCUGGGACAGGCCUGUACGGGCUGCGCGGAGCCAAGGCCUGCUUCCCCGGUGUCGGCUCCUUGGCUGGAUGGGUCAUGCCUAUACAUACUUUAAUGCAAGAAGGUGGGCUAAGGAUAGCGGACUGCAACAACCACGUCAAGUCAGCUAUCGAGUUCUUCGGAGACUCUUGCGCGCCAAACUCGUUGAAGGACCUGUACAACCCCAUCGGAGACAACCCUGACCAGUUAUGCAAGUUAUGUGUUGGAGGCGCCGGUGUCCGCUGCACUCUAGCGGACCCCUACGCCGGCUACGAGGGCGCGCUGAAAUGCCUCGUCGCCAACGGUACUGGUGACAUUGCCUUCGUGCGAGACACCACUAUACAGCACGCGUUGCUGUCCACCAAGAUAAUAGGAGACGUGUCCCCGGAGCGGUUCGAGCUGAUCUGCCGCGACGGGUCGCGGCGCGCGGUGACGCAGUGGGAGGCGUGCAACUGGGGCCGCGUGCCCGCCGACGCCGUCGUCACCAGCAGCGCCGCCUCGCUGCAACAGAGGAAACGCUACCAAAACCUAAUUCAAAAACUGGUUCAACUGUACGGCGAACCAAAUCCCCUGAAUAAAAACUCUAACCGGACGGCAACCUACCAAUCUCGAGAUGGCUACGGGAACGCAUACACUUCUACUACAGAGCGAUAUUCGUAUGAUCCGUACAGGAGGAACUAUAAUGAUAGGAGCAUUGAGAGGGUCAACAAUGAAGAUAAUCAGUUGAGCAUUAGCACGGAGUCAUCUUUCCAGCCCAGAAAGGAUAUAAACGGGCACAAUAUAGAGUCUCCCUUCCGGUUGUUCAACUCCAACGGCACCACCGAUUUACUAUUGCAGGACGCCACAAUAAACUUCCGUAUACUCCAAGAGGAGGAGCAGGCAGCGAAGCACAUCCUGAACAACCAGUACGUGGGGGAUCAGGCGGAAAAGGCAGUCUUUAACAUCAGGAACUGCCCUAUCAAGAGGAUGAUACUGUGUGUCACCAGUGACGCCGAGAUGGAUAAGUGUGUCAAAAUGAGGGUGGCCCUAAAAGCGGCGUAUCUCCAACCAUCUCUAAUCUGCUGGCGCGGCCACAGCACGCGGCACUGCGAGCGCUCCGUCGCGUCCGGAGUGGCCGACGCGGCCGUCAUGGACCCGGGGGACAUGUUGCACGCCGCCAUGGCUCAUAGACUUGUCCCUUUCAUGCAGGAGAUCUACUCAAGCGGCAAGAACUGGUACUAUGCAGUGGCCGUCGCUAAAGAACAGGACCCGGACACGGAUCUCACGUAUCUCCGCGGCAAAAACUCUUGCCACACCGGCCUGGGUCAAGCCGCCGGUUGGAUCUUCCCACUGGCCUACCUCAUCUCUAAUGGAUGGAUUCGUUCAUACGGCUGCGACGGCGCGCACGCGGCGGCCCAAUACUUCACAAAAUCCUGCGCCCCCGGAGCGCUGAGCACCGAGUACGUGGACGCCAACACCGUGCCGCACGACAACCUGUGCCACCUCUGUCACGGCGCUGCGUUUAGACGAUGCCGCCGCGACGCGAGCGAGGAUUACUACGGGCAUGUAGGCGCCGUCCGCUGCAUGGUGGAGGGAGGGGGGGACGUAGCGUUCGUCCGCCACACCGCGCCUGCUGAGGUCUCAGGCGGCCGUCGCACCGAGUGGUGGGCGAGGGACUUGCUGCCUGAUGACCUGCAGCUGCUCUGUCCUGACGGGACCCGCGCGAAGAUGCACGAAUACAAGCACUGCAACCUGGGCAAGGUCCCGGGCUCGGUGCUGAUGGGCCGCGCCAACCACACCGAGCUCGACACAUACUCCAACCUCAUGGUGUACGCGCAGCAGUUGUAUGGAGCCACGGCGACCGAUGAGUUCAGCUUCAGCAUGUUUGACUCAAAACCCCCAUACUCCGACCUAAUCUUCAGCGACGCCGCCGUCCAACUGAAGCCCUUACCCCACAAAGAACGCUCCGCGGAGCUCAUCGCCGGCUCCGCUCUGCUCCGAGCUGCCAAAAUUGUCUCCUGCGACGCUCCCCAGUCGGCCUACUAUGUCGCGGCCGACGCUGACUUCUUAUCUCACGCUUAUAGGACAGGGAUGGUGGGAUAUGUAUUGGCCGUCGCUUUGUUUCUAGUGGCGUUACUUCGAUAAGUAACCAUCACAUUUAUAGGGAUAUAUGCCUUUUAAAAGCUAUUUUAGCGAAAUUAUUUACAUAGAGUAGAACAAAGCUUUAGAGUCAGACUGUGAAAAGUCUGCAGUUAUUUUGAUAGCCCACGCAGUGCUAGUAUCAUUUUAAACGUCAAACUUCUAUGAAAUUAUGACGUAUAUAUAACGCUUGCACUGCGUAGGCUAUCAAAAUAGCUGCAGACUUUUGUAGGAUCAACGUAAUUUCUAUUAGCGUUAUUCAUAAACGCCUGUUAAGUGUAACAAGCCCUUGAUAAUCGUUUGUCCUUAUCUGUCAUUUUUAGGGACAAAAUUUAACAAAGAUUUAAGUUUUAUGAAAAAGGGGUAUGUUAUCAUUUCCCCAAAUUAUUAUGCUUUAACACGUAAUAAUGUGAGAGUAACUAAAGUAAACAAAACUAUUGACGUUUUAAAAUGUGAACACUAUUCGGUUGAUCCUCAGUAUUUAGGUACCCAUGUGUAUUACCAAGUAUUACAUAUUGGAGCAAGUAAAAGUCGAAGCUAACUAGAACAUAGCGCCAAUACCACAUGUAGUAUAUAUUUUUUUAUUUGAUCUGAUUUAUUUAAAGGUAAGGUUUUAAUGUAUUAAGUAACAAUUUUGUACUGCUAACUAAAAUAUUAAUCCGUCCCAAAUGCCUUAAUAUUAAAAUAUUUUAUUCAAGAAUUAGAUAGAGUGAGUGAAUGGCUGCUUAUAAUAAGAGUAUGUAUCGCCGUAUGGUACAAUAAAGUUAUGCUUUAUGAUAUUGCCUGUAUAAAAUUGUUUUAUGUAGAAACAUAUUUUCAAAUUAAUUAUAUUUUUCUUUAAUCUAGUUUUGGGCAUCACUUUCGUGAUUAUUAUAUGAACAGUUCUUUAAAUGUUUUAUACAUUAUUAUUAUCUAUGUAUGUAAAGAAUUUUCUUUUGAUUUCAUGGUAUGAUAUUAUUUUAAUCUAUACAUUGUCUUACAAAACUUCCGUUAGUUUUUUACAUCAUUGACUGAACCUACAUUUAUGUACCUAUGUGCCUUUAUAGUGAUAUAGACAUGCAUUUCUGAAUUAUAGUUCUGAGGUAGCUAAGGUAGAAUUAAACUAAGAUUAAUUACAAAGAAUCUCGUAAUGAUAUCCCGUCCAAUGAAGCUUUUUUGUAGUUAUUUAGACUCACAUUCAUCAUGCAUAUUGUGAAUUAUGAAUAAUUAUUAAAACUUUCCUUUGCUUUUUUAUUAUAUCAUAUCUAAUCUAGGAACACUAAUUUUAUAUUUACAUUUUACUUUCACUUUUUCAUGUGAAUAAUAACAGUUGCAUCUUAUACAAUACAUAUCUCUGUCUCUAACUCACUUAAAAUUAAAUUAAAUGGGUUUUUUCUUCUACUUUUUUUUAAUUUGUAAGUAUUACAAUGUGAAUGUUGUUACAUAUGUAUGUAAAGAAAUAAAAGUGAUUUUAAAUA